AUGGACGUUGACGUGGACGUGGACAUGGACGUGGACAUGGACGUGGACAUGGACGUGGACGUGGACAUGGACGUGGACAUGGACGUGGACAUAAACGUGGACAUGAACGUGGACGUGGACGUGGACGUAAACAUGGACGUGGACGUGGACGUGGACAUGGACUUGGACGUGGACGUGGACAUUGACGUGGACGUGGACGUGGACAUGGACGUGGACAUGGACGUAGACAUGGACGUGGACGUGGACAUGGACGUGGACGUAGACGUGGACGUGUACGUGGACAUGGACCUAGACGUGGAUGUGGACGUGGACGUUGACGUGGACGUGGACAUGGACGUGGACGUGGACAUGGACGUGGACAUGGACGUGGACGUGGACGUGGACAUGGACGUAGACGUGGACGUGGACGUGGUCAUGGACGUGGACGUGGACAUGGUCGUGGACGUGGACGUGGACGUGGACAUGGACAUGGACGUGGACGUGCACGUGGACAUGGUCGUGGACGUGGACGUGGACGUGGAUGUGGACAUGGACGUGGACAUGGACGUGGACAUGGACGUGGACAUGGACAUGAACGUGGACGUGGAGUUGGACGUGGACAUGGACGUGGACGUGGACGUCGAGGUGGACAUGGACAUAGACAUGGACGUGGACGUGGACAUGGACGUGGACGUGGACGUCAACAUGGACGUGGACAUGGACGUGGACGUGGACAUGGACGUGGACAUGGACGUGGACGUGGACGUGGACAUGGACGUGGACGUGGACGUUGACGUGGACGUGGAUGUGGACGUGGACGUGGACAUGGACGUGGACGUGGACGCAGAGGACUUGGACGUGGACAUGGACAUGGACGUGGACGUGGACAUGGACGUGGACAUGAAUGUGGACAUGGACGUGGACGUGGACGUGGACAUGGACGUGGACGUGGACAUGGACGUGGACGUGGAGGACUUGGACGUGGACAUGGACGUGGACGUGGACGUGGACGUGGACAGGGACGUGGACGUGGACGUAGACGUGGUCGUGGACGUGGACGUGGACGUGGACGUGGUCGUGGUCGUGGACGCGGACGCGGACAUGGACGUGGACAUGGACGUGGACAUGGACGUGGACAUGGACUUGGACGUGGACAUGGACGUGGACAUGGACGUGAACGUGGACAUGGACGUGGACGUGGACGUGGACGUGGACGUGGACGUAGACGUGGACGUAGACGUGGACGUGGACGUAGACGUGGACAUGGACGUGGACGUGGACAUGGACGUGGACGUGGACGUGGACGUGGACAUGGACGUGGACGUGGACGUUGACGUGGACAUGGACGUGGACGUGGACGUGGACGUGGACGUGGUCUUGGACAUGGACGUGGACGUGGACAUGGACGUGGACGUGGACGUGGAGGUGGACGUGGACGUGGACGUGGACGUGGAGAUGGACGUGGACGUGGACAUGGACGUGGACGUGGAGGACUUGGACGUGGACAUGGACGUGGACGUGGACAUGGACAUGGAAGUGGACGUGGACGUGGACGUAGACGUGGAUGUGGACGUGGAGGUGGACGUGGAGGUGGACGUGGACGUGGACAUGGACGUGGACGUGGACAUGGACGUGGACGUGGACAUGGACGUGGACGUGGACAUGGACGUGGACAUGGACGUGGACAUGGACGUGGACGUGGACAUGGACCUUGACGUGGACGUGGACGUGGACGUGGACGUGGACAUGGACAUGGACGUGGACGUGGACGUGGACGUGGACAUGGACGUGGACGUAGACGUGGACAUGGACGUGGACAUGGACGUGGACGUGGACAUGGACAUGGACGUGGACGUGGACAUGGACGUGGACGUGGACGUGGACAUGGACGACAUGGACGUGGACGUGGACAUGGACGUGGACGUGGACGUGGACAUGGACGUGGACAUGGACGUGGACGUGGACGUGGACGUGGUCAUGGACGUGGACAUGGACGUGGACGUGGACGUAGACGUGGACAUGGACGUGGACGUGGACGUGGACGUGGACGUGGACGUGGACAUGGACGUGGACGUGGACGUAGACGUGGACAUGGACGUGGACGUGGACGUGGACGUGGACGUGGACAUGGACGUGGACGUGGACGUGGACAUGGACGUGGACGUGGACGUGGACGUGGACAUGGACGUGGACAUGGACGUGGACGUGGACGUGGACAUGGACGUGGACGUGGACGUGGACGUGGACGUGGAUGUCGACGUGGACGUGGACAUGGACGUGGACGUGGACAUGGACGUGGACAUGGACGUGGACGUGGACGUGGACGUGAACGUUGUCGUGGACGUGGACGAGGACGUGGACGUGGUCGUGGACAUGGACAUGGACGUGGACAUGGACGUGGACAUGGACGUGGUCGUGGACGUGGACGUGGAUGUCGACGUGGACGUGGACAUGGACGUGGACGUGGACAUGGACGUGGACAUGGAUGUGGACGUGGACGUGGACGUGGACGUGGACGUUGUCGUGGACGUGGACGUGGACGUGGACGUGGUCGUGGACGUGGACGUGGACAUGGACGUGGACAUGGACGUGGACGUGGACAUGGACGUGGACGUGGACGUGGACAUGGACGUGGACGUGGACGUAGACGUGGACAUGGACGUGGACGUGGACGUGGACGUGGACGUGGACAUGGACGUGGACGUGGACGUGGACAUGGACGUGGACGUGGACGUGGACGUGGACAUGGACGUGGACAUGGACGUGGACGUGGACGUGGACAUGGACGUGGACGUGGACGUGGACGUGGACGUGGAUGUCGACGUGGACGUGGACAUGGACGUGGACGUGGACAUGGACGUGGACAUGGACGUGGACGUGGACGUGGACGUGAACGUUGUCGUGGACGUGGACAAGGACGUGGACGUGGUCGUGGACAUGGACAUGGACGUGGACAUGGACGUGGACAUGGACGUGGUCGUGGACGUGGACGUGGAUGUCGACGUGGACGUGGACAUGGACGUGGACGUGGACAUGGACGUGGACAUGGAUGUGGACGUGGACGUGGACGUGGACGUGGACGUUGUCGUGGACGUGGACGUGGACGUGGACGUGGUCGUGGACGUGGACGUGGACAUGGACGUGGACAUGGACGUGGACGUGGACGUGGAUGUGGACGUGGACGUGGACGUGGACAUGGACGUGGACGUGGACGUGGACGUGGACGUGGACAUGGACGUGGACGUGGACGUAGACGUGGACAUGGACGUGGACGUGGACGUGGACGUGGACGUGGACGUGGACGUGGACAUGGACGUGGACGUGGACGUGGACAUGGACGUGGACGUGGACGUGGACAUGGACGUGGACGUGGACGUGGACAUGGACGGACGUGGACACGUGGACGUGAACGUGGACGUGGACGUAAACGUGGACGUGGACGUGGACGUGGACGUGGACGUGGACGUGGACGUGGUCGUGAACGUGGACGUGGACGUGGACGUGAACGUGGACGUGGACGUAAACGUGGAUGUGGACAUGGACGUGGACAUGGACGUGGUCGUGAACGUGGACGUGGACGUGGACUUGGACGUGGACAUGGACGUGGACGUGGACGUGGACGUAGACGUGGACGUGAACGUGGACGUGGACGUAAACGUGGACGUGGACAUGGACGUGGACGUGGACGUGGACGUGGACGUGGACGUGGACAUGGACGUGGACAUGGACGUGGACGUGGACGUGGACAUGGACGUGGACGUGGACGUGGACGUGGACGUGGAUGUCGACGUGGACGUGGACAUGGACGUGGACGUGGACAUGGACGUGGACAUGGACGUGGACGUGGACGUGGACGUGAACGUUGUCGUGGACGUGGACGAGGACGUGGACGUGGUCGUGGACAUGGACAUGGACGUGGACAUGGACGUGGACAUGGACGUGGUCGUGGACGUGGACGUGGAUGUCGACGUGGACGUGGACAUGGACGUGGACGUAGACAUGGACGUGGACAUGGAUGUGGACGUGGACGUGGACGUGGACGUGGACGUUGUCGUGGACGUGGACGUGGACGUGGACGUGGUCGUGGACGUGGACGUGGACAUGGACGUGGACAUGGACGUGGACGUGGACGUGGAUGUGGACGUGGACGUGGACGUGGACAUGGACGUGGACGUGGACGUGGACGUGGACGUGGACUUGGACGUGGACGUGGACGUAGACGUGGACAUGGACGUGGACGUGGACGUGGACGUGGACGUGGACGUGGACAUGGACGUGGACGUGGACGUGGACAUGGACGUGGACGUGGACGUGGACAUGGACGUGGACGUGGACGUGGACAUGGACGUGGACGUGGACGUGGACGUGGACGUGGACGUGGAUGUCGACGUGGACGUGGACAUGGACGUGGACGUGGACAUGGACGUGGACAUGGACGUGGACGUGGACGUGGACGUGGACGUUGUCGUGGACGUGGACGUGGACGUGGACGUGGUCGUGGACGUGGACGUGGACAUGGACGUGGACAUGGACGUGGACAUGGACGUGGUCGUGAACGUGGACGUGGACGUGGACUUGGACGUGGACAUGGACGUGGACGUGGACGUGGACGUAGACGUGGACGUGAACGUGGACGUAAACGUGGACGUGGACGUGGAUGUGGACGUGGACGUGGACGUGGACGUGGACGUAGACAUGGACUUGGACAUAGACUUGGACGUGGACGUUGACGUGGACAUGGACGUGGACGUGGACGUGGACGUGGUCGUGGACAUGGACGUGGACGUGGACAUGGACGUAGACGUGGACUUGGACGUGGACAUGGACGUGGACGUGGACGUGGAGGUGGACGUGGACGUGGACGUGGACGUGGAGAUGGACGUUGACGUGGACAUGGACGUGGACGUGGAGGACUUGGACGUGGACAUGGACGUGGACGUGGACAUGGACAUGGAAGUGGACGUGGACGUGGACGUAGACGUGGAUGUGGACGUGGACAUGGACGUGGAUAUGGACGUGGACAUGGACGUGGACAUGGACGUGGACGUGGACAUGGACGUGGACGUGGACAUAGACGUGGACGUGGACGUGGACGUGGACAUAGACGUGGACGUGGACGUGGACGUGGACAUGGACGUGGACAUGGACUUGGACGUGGACGUGGACGUGGACGUGGACAUGGACGUGGAUGUGGAGAUGGACGUGGACAUGGACGUGGACGUGGACGUGGACAUGGAUGUGGACGUGGACGUGGAGGACUUGGACGUGGACAUGGACGUGGACGUGGACGUGGACGGUCGUGGACGUGAACGUGGACGUCGACGUGGACUGGACGUGGACGUGGACGUUGUCGUGGACGUGCACGUGGAUGUGGACCUGGUCGUGGACGUGUACGUGGACGUGGACGUGGAUGUCGAGAUGGACAUGGACGUGGACGUGGACAUGGACGUGGACAUGGACGUGGAUGUGGACGUGGACGUGAACGUGGACGUGGACGUGGACAUGGACGUAGACAUGGACGUGGACGUGGACGUGGACAUGGACGUGGACAUGGACGUGGACGUGGACGUGGACGUGGACAUGAAUACGUGGACUGGACGUGGACGUGGACGUCGACGUGGACUGGACGUGGACGUGGACAUGGACGUGGACAUGGACGUGGACAUGGACGUGGACGUGGACAUGGACCUUGACGUGGACGUGGACGUGGACGUGGACAUGGACGUGGACGUGGACGUGGACGUGGACGUGGACAUGGACGUGGACGUAGACGUGGACAUGGACGUGGACAUGGACGUGGACGUGGACGUGGACAUGGACGUGGACAAGGACAUGGACGUGGACGUGGACGUGGACAUGGACGUGGACAUGGACGUGGACGUGGACAUGGACGUGGACGUGGACGUGGACAUGGACGUGGACAUGGACGUGGACGUGGACGUGGACGUGGUCAUGGACGUGGACAUGGACGUGGACGUGGACGUAGACGUGGACAUGGACGUGGACGUGGACGUGGACGUGGACGUGGACAUGGACGUGGACGUGGACGUGGACAUGGACGUGGACGUGGACGUGGACGUGGACGUGGACGUGGACAUGGACGUGGACGUGGACGUGGACGUGGACGUGGACGUGGACAUGGACGUGGACGUGGACGUAGACGUGGACAUGGACGUGGACGUGGACGUGGACGUGGACGUGGACAUGGACGUGGACGUGGACGUGGACAUGGACGUGGACGUGGACGUGGACGUGGACAUGGACGUGGACAUGGACGUGGACGUGGACGUGGACAUGGACGUGGACGUGGACGUGGAUGUCGACGUGGACGUGGACAUGGACGUGGACGUGGACAUGGACGUGGACAUGGACGUGGACGUGGACGUGGACGUGAACGUUGUCGUGGACGUGGACGUGGACGUGGACGUGGUCGUGGACAUGGACAUGGACGUGGACAUGGACGUGGACAUGGACGUGGUCGUGGACGUGGACAUGGAUGUCGACGUGGACGUGGACAUGGACGUGGACGUGGACAUGGACGUGGACAUGGAUGUGGACGUGGACGUGGACGUGGACGUGGACGUUGUCGUGGACGUGGACGUGGACGUGGACGUGGUCGUGGACGUGGACGUGGACAUGGACGUGGACAUGGACGUGGACGUGGACGUGGAUGUGGACGUGGACGUGGACGUGGACAUGGACGUGGACAUGGACGUGGACGUGGACGUGGACGUGGACAUGGACGUGGACGUGGACGUAGACGUGGACAUGGACGUGGACGUGGACGUGGACGUGGACGUGGACGUGGACAUGGACGUGGACGUGGACGUGGACAUGGACGUGGACGUGGACGUGGACAUGGACGUGGACGUGGACGUGGACAUGGACGUGGACGUGGACGUGGACGUGGACGUGGACGUGGAUGUCGACGUGGACGUGGACAUGGACGUGGACGUGGACAUGGACGUGGACAUGGACGUGGACGUGGACGUGGACGUGGACGUUGUCGUGGACGUGGACGUGGACGUGGACGUGGACGUGGUCGUGGACGUGGACAUGGACGUGGACAUGGACGUGGACAUGGACGUGGUCGUGAACGUGGACGUGGACGUGGACUUGGACGUGGACAUGGACGUGGACGUGGACGUGGACGUAGACGUGGACGUGAACGUGGACGUGGACGUAAACGUGGACGUGGACAUGGAUGUGGACGUGGACAUGGACGUGGACGUGGACGUGGACGUAGACAUGGACUUGGACAUAGACUUGGACGUGGACGUUGACGUGGACAUGGACGUGGACGUGGACGUGGACGUGGUCGUGGACAUGGACGUGGACGUGGACAUGGACGUGGACGUGGACUUGGACGUGGACAUGGACGUGGACGUGGACGUGGAGGUGGACGUGGACGUGGACGUGGACGUGGAGAUGGACGUGGACGUGGACAUGGACGUGGACGUGGAGGACUUGGACGUGGACAUGGACGUGGACGUGGACAUGGACAUGGAAGUGGACGUGGACGUGGACGUAGACGUGGAUGUGGACGUGGACAUGGACGUGGAUAUGGACGUGGACAUGGACGUGGACAUGGACGUGGACGUGGACAUGGACGUGGACGUGGACAUAGACGUGGACGUGGACGUGGACGUGGACAUAGACGUGGACGUGGACGUGGACGUGGACAUGGACGUGGACAUGGACUUGGACGUGGACGUGGACGUGGACGUGGACAUGGACGUGGAUGUGGAGAUGGACGUGGACAUGGACGUGGACGUGGACGUGGACAUGGAUGUGGACGUGGACGUGGAGGACUUGGACGUGGACAUGGACGUGGACGUGGACGUGGACGGUCGUGGACGUGAACGUGGACGUCGACGUGGACUGGACGUGGACGUGGACGUGGACGUUGUCGUGGACGUGCACGUGGAUGUGGACCUGGUCGUGGACGUGUACGUGGACGUGGACGUGGAUGUCGAGAUGGACAUGGACGUGGACGUGGACAUGGACGUGGACAUGGACGUGGAUGUGGACGUGGACGUGAACGUGGACGUGGACGUGGACAUGGACGUAGACAUGGACGUGGACGUGGACGUGGACAUGGACGUGGACAUGGACGUGGACGUGGACGUGGACGUGGACAUGAAUGUGGACGUGGACAUGGACAUGGACAUGGACGUGGACAUGGACGUGGACGUGGACGUGGACGUGGACAUGGACGUGGACAUGGACAUGGAGGACUUGGACGUGGACAUGGACGUGGACGUGGACAUAGACGUGGACAUGGACGUGGACGUGGACGUGGACAUGGACGUGGACGUGGACAUGGAUGUGGACAUGGACGACUUGGACGUGGACAUGGACGUGGACGUGAACGUGGACGUGUACAUGGACGUGGACAUGGACAUGGAUGUGGACAUGGACGUGGGCGUGGACGUGGACGUGGACGUGGACGUGGACAUGGACGUGGACGUGGACGUGGAGGACUUGGACGUGGACAUGGACGUGGAUGUGGACGUGGACGUGGACAUGGACGUGGACGUGGACGUGGACGUGGACAUGGACGUGGACGUGGACGUGGACAUGGACAUGGACGUGGACGUGGAGGACUUGGACGUGGACAUGGACGUGGAUGUGGACGUGGACGUGGACAUGGACGUGGACGUGGACGUGGACGUGGACAUGGACGUGGACGAGGACGUGGACGUGGACGUGGACGUGGACAUGGACAUGGACAUGGACGUGGACAUGGACGUGGACGUGGACGUGGACGUGGACGUAGACGUGGACAUGGACAUGGACAUGGACAUGGACAUGGACGUGGACGUCGACGUGGACAUGGACGUGGACGUGGACGUGGACAUGGACGUGGACGUGGACGUGGACAUGGACGUGGACGUGGAGGACUUGGACGUGGACAUGGACGUGGACGUGGACGACUUGGACGUGGACAUGGACGUGGACGUGGACGUGGACGUGGACGUGGAUGUGGACAUGGACUUGGACGAGGACGUGGACAUGGACGUGGACGUGGACGUGGACAUAGACGUGGACAUGGACAUGGAGGCCUUGGACGUGGACAUGGACGUGGACGUGGACGUGGACGUGGACAUCGACGUGGACAUGGACGUGGAUAUGGACGUGGACGUGGACGUGGACAUGGACGUGGACAUGGACGUGGACGUGGACAUGGACGUGGACGUGAACAGGGACGUGGACGUGGACGUCGACAUGGACGCGGACGUGGACGUGAACGUGGACGUGGACGUGGACGUAGACAUGGACGUGGACAUGGACGUGGACGUGGACGUGGACGUGGUCGUGGACGUGGACGUGGACGUGGACAUGGACGUGGACGUGGACGUGGACGUGGACGUGGACAUGGACGUGGAGGUGGACAUGGACAUGGACGUCGACGUGGACAUGGACGUAGAUGUGGACAUGGACGUGGACGUGGACAUGGACGUGGACGUGGACAUGGACGUGGACGUGGUUGUGGACGUGGACGUGGACGUGGACGUGGACAUGGACAUGGACGUGGACGUGGACGUGGACGUAGACGUGGACAGGGACGUGGACGUGGACGUGGACGUGGACGUGGACGUGGACAUGGACAUGGACGUGGACGUGGACGUGGACGUGGAAGUGGACGUGGACGUGGACGUGGACGUUGACAUGGACGUGGACGUGGACGUGGACGUGGACAUGGACGUGGACGUGGACGUGGACAUGGACGUGGACGUGGACGUGGACCUGGACGUGGACGUGGACGUAGACGUGGACAUUGUCGUGGACGUGGACGUGGACUUGGAGGUGGAUGUGGUCGUGGACGUGGAUGUGGACGUGUACUUCGACGUGGACGUGGAUGUGGACAUGGACGUGGACGUGGACAUGGACAUGGACGUGGACGUGGACGUGGAGGUGGUCCUGGACGUGGACAUGGACGUGGACGUGGACGUGGACAUGGACGUCGACGUGGACAUGGAUGUGGACAUGGACGACUUGGACGUGGACAUGGACGUGGACGUGAACGUGGACGUGUACAUGGACGUGGACAUGGACAUGGACGUGGACAUGGACGUGGGCGUGGACGUGGACGUGGACGUGGACGUGGAUAUGGACGUGGACGUGGACGUGGAGGAGUUGGACGUGGACAUGGACGUGGAUGUGGACGUGGACGUGGAGAAGGACGUGGACGUGGACGUGGACAUGGACGUGGACGUGGACGUGGACGUGGACAUGGACGUGGACGUGGACGUGGAGGACUUGGACGUGGACAUGGACGUGGAUGUGGAAGUGGACGUGGACAUGGACGUGGACGUGGACGUGGACAUGGACGAGGACAUGGACGUGGACGUGGACGUGGACGUGGACAUGGACAUGGACGUGGACAUGGACGUGGACGUGGACGUGGACGUGGACGUGGACAUGGACAUGGACAUGGACAUGGACGUUGACGUGGACGUGGACAUGGACGUGGACGUGGACGUGGACAUGGACGUGGACGUGGACGUGGACAUGGACGUGGACGUGGAGGACUUGGACGUGGACAUGGACGUGGACGUGGACGUGGACGUGGACAUGGACGUGGACAUGGACAUGGACGUGGAUGUGGACGUGGACGUGGACAUGGACGUGGACAUGGACGUGGACGUGGACAUGGAUGUGGACAUGGAUGUGGACGUGGACGUGGACGUGGACAUGGACGUGGACGUGGACGUGGACGUGGACGUGAACAUGGACGUUGACAUGGACGUGGACAUGGACGUGGACGUCGACAUGGACGUGGACGUGGACGUGGACAUGGACGUGGACGUGGACGUGGACGUGGACAUGGACGUGGACGUGGACAUGGACGUGGACAUGGACGUGGACAUGGACGUGGACAUGGACGUGGACGUGGACGUGGAGGACUUGGACGUGGACAUGGACGUGGAUGUGGACGUGGACAUGGACGUGGACCUGGACGUGGACAUGGACGUGGACGAGGACAUGGACGUGGACGUGGACGUGGACGUGGACGUGGACGUGGACGUGGACAUGGACAUGGACAUGGACAUGGACGUGGACGUGGACGUGGACAUGGACGUGGACGUGGACGUGGACAUGGACGUGGACGUGGACGUGGACAUGGACGUGGACGUGGAGGACUUGGACGUGGACAUGGACGUGGACGUGGACGUGGACGUGGACAUGGACGUGGACAUGGACGUGGACGUGGACGUGGACGUGGACGUGGACAUGGACGUGGACAUGGACGUGGACGUGGACAUGGAUGUGGACAUGGAUGUAGACGUGGACGUGGACGUGGACAUGGACGUGGACGUGGACGUGAACAUGGACGUUGACAUGGACGUGGACAUGGACGUGGACGUCGACAUGGACGUGGACGUUGACGUGGAGGACUUGGACGUAGACAUGGACGUGGACGUGGACGUGGACAUGGAUGUGGACGUGGAAGCGGACGUAGACGUGGACGUGGACAUGGACGUGGACAUGGACGUGGACGUGGACAUUGACGUGGACGUGGACGUGGAUGUGGACAUGGACGUGGACGUGGACAUGGACGUGGACAUGGACGUGGAUGUGGACGUGGACAUGGACGUGGACAUGGACGUGGACAUGGACGUGGACGUGGACAUGGACGUAGACGUGGACGUGGACAUGGACGUGGACGUGGACGUGGACGUGGACGUGGACAUGGACAUGGACAUGGACGUGGACAUGGACGUGGACAUGGACGUGGACAUGGACGUGGACGUGGAGGUGGACGUGGACGUGGACAUGGACGUGGAGGUGGACGUGGACAUAGACGUGGACGUGGACGUGGACAUGGACGUGGACGAGGACGUGGACAUGGACAUGGACGUGGACGUGGAGGACUUGGACGUGGACGUGGACGUGGACGUGGACGGUCACGUGGACAUGGACUUGGACAUGGACAUGGACGUGGACGUCGACAUGGACGUGGACGUGGACAUAGACAUGGACAUGGACGUGGACAUAGACGUGGACGUGGACGUGGACAUGGACAUGGACGUGGACAUGGAUGUGGACAUGGACGUGGACGUGGACGUGGACGUGGACAUGGACAUGGACAUGGACAUGGACGUGGACGUGGACGUGGAGGUGGACAUGGACGUGGACAUGGACGUGGACGUGGACGUGGACAUGGACGUGGACGUGGACAUGGAUGUGGACAUGGACGACUUGGACGUGGACAUGGACGUGGACGUGAACGUGGACGUGUACAUGGACGUGGACAUGGACAUGGACGUGGACAUGGACGUGGGCGUGGACGUGGACGUGGACGUGGACGUGGACGUGGACAUGGACGUGGACGUGGACGUGGAGGACUUGGACGUGGACGUGGAUGUGGACGUGGACGUGGACAUGGACGUGGACGUGGACGUGGACAUGGACGUGGACGUGGACGUGGACGUCGACAUGGACGUGGACGUGGACGUGGACAUGGACGUGGACGUGGACGUGGACGUGGACAUGGACGUGGACGUGGACGUGGACGUGGACAUGGACGUGGACGUGGACGUGGACAUGGACGUGGAGGUGGACGUGGACAUGGACGUGGACGUGGACGUGGACAUGGACGUGGACGAGGACGUGGACAUGGACAUGGACGUGGACGUGGAGGACUUGGACGUGGACGUGGACGUGGACGUGGACGUGGACGGUCACGUGGACAUGGACUUCGACAUGGACAUGGACGUGGACGUCGACAUGGACGUGGACGUGGACAUAGACAUGGACAUGGACGUGGACAUAGACGUGGACGUGGACGUGGACAUGGACAUGGACGUGGACAUGGAUGUGGACAUGGACGUGGACGUGGACGUGGACGUGGACAUGGACAUGGACAUGGACAUGGACGUGGACGUGGAAGUGGAGGUGGACAUGGACGUGGACAUGGACGUGGACGUGGAUGUGGACAUGGACGUGGACGUGGACAUGGAUGUGGACAUGGACGUGGCAUGGACAUGGACGGACGUGGACGUGGACGUGGAGGACUUGGACGUGGACAUGGACGUGGACGUGAACGUGGACGUGUACAUGGACGUGGACAUGGACAUGGACGUGGACAUGGACGUGGGCGUGGACGUGGACGUGGACGUGGACGUGGACGUGGACAUGGACGUGGACGUGGACAUGGACGUGGACGUGGACGUGGAGGACUUGGACGUGGACAUGGACGUGGAUGUGGACGUGGACGUGGACAUGGACGUGGACGUGGACGUGGACAUGGACGUGGACGUGGACGUGGACGUGGACAUGGACGUGGACGUGGACGUGGACAUGGACGUGGACGUGGACGUGGACAUGGACGUGGACGUGGACGUGGACGUGGACAUGGACGACUUGGACGUGGACAUGGACGUGGACGUGGACGUGGACAUGGAUGUGGACGUGGACGUGGACGUAGACGUGGACGUGGACAUGGACGUGGACAUGGACGUGGACGUGGACAUUGACGUGGACGUGGACGUGGAUGUGGACAUGGACGUGGACGUGGACAUGGACGUGGACAUGGACGUGGAUGUGGACGUGGACAUGGACGUGGACAUGGACGUGGACAUAGACGUGGACGUGGACAUGGACGUAGACGUGGACGUGGACAUGGACGUGGACGUGGACGUGGACGUGGACAUGGACAUGGACGUGGACGUGGACAUGGACGUGGACAUGGACGUGGACAUGGACGUGGACGUGGAGGUGGACGUGGACGUGGACAUGGACGUGGAGGUGGACGUGGACAUGGACGUGGACGUGGACGUGGACAUGGACGUGGACGAGGACGUGGACAUGGACAUGGACGUGGACGUGGAGGACUUGGACGUGGACGUGGACGUGGACGUGGACGGUCACGUGGACAUGGACUUGGACAUGGACAUGGACAUGGACAUGGACGUGGACGUGGACGUGGACGUGGACAUGGACGUGGACAUAGACGUGGACAUGGACGUGGACAUAGACGUGGACAUUGACGUGGACGUGGACGUGGAUGUGGACAUAAACGUGGACGUGGACAUGGACGUGGACAUGGACGUGGAUGUGGACGUGGACAUGGACGUGGACAUGGACGUGGACAUAGACGUGGACGUGGACAUGGACGUAGACAUGGAUGUGGACAUGGACGUGGACGUGGACGUAGACGUGGACGUGGACAUGGACAUGGACGUGGACGUGGACAUGGACGUGGACAUGGACGUGGACAUGGACGUGGACGUGGACGUGGACAUAGACGUGGACAUGGACGUGGACGUGGACAUAGACAUGGACAUGGACGUGGACAUAGACGUGGACGUGGACGUGGACAUGGACAUGGACGUGGACAUGGAUGUGGACAUGGACGUGGACGUGGACGUGGACGUGGACAUGGACAUGGACAUGGACCUGGACGUGGACGUGGACGUGGAGGUGGACAUGGACGUGGACAUGGACGUGGACGUGGACGUGGACAUGGACGUGGACGUGGACAUGGAUGUGGACAUGGACGACUUGGACGUGGACAUGGACGUGGACGUGAACGUGGACGUGUACAUGGACGUGGACAUGGACAUGGACGUGGACAUGGACGUGGGCGUGGACGUUGGCGUGGACGUGGACGUGGACGUGGACGUGGACAUGGACGUGGAGGACUUGGACGUGGACAUGGACGUGGAUGUGGACGUGGACGUGGACAUGGACGUGGACGUGGACGUGGACGUGGACAUGGACGUGGACGUGGACGUGGACGUGGACAUGGACAUGGACGUGGACGUGGAGGACUUGGACGUGGACAUGGACGUGGAGGUGGACGUGGACGUGGACAUGGACGUGGACGUGGACGUGGACGUGGACGUGGACAUGGACGUGGACGAGGACGUGGACGUGGACGUGGACGUGGACGUGGACAUGGACAUGGACGUGGACAUGGACGUGGACGUGGACGUGGACGUAGACGUGGACAUGGACAUGGACAUGGACAUGGACAUGGACGUGGACGUGGACGUGGACGUGGACGUGGACGUGGACAUGGACGUGGACGUGGACGUGGACAUGGACGUGGACGUGGAGGACUUGGACGUGGACAUGGACGUGGACGUGGAUGUGACGUGGACGUGGACGUGGACGUGGACGUGGACGUGGACAUAA